GAAAAAUGCAGGCUCAACACUUCCUCUUCAAUUGUGGACCAUUUCCAAUUCUUCCCGUGAGCCUUUCCUACGCCGCACGCUAGAAGUAGAAGUAGAAGCAGGGGCAAGAGUUCUUGACCUCUUCUUUCUUUCCUUUUAUUUUCCACUCAUUUUCUUUUCCAACACGUGGACGUUGGGCACGAAAGAGCGUAAAAAAAAAAGGGUUGGAAUGCGGAGAUUUGUGGCGUGACUCGCAAAGACUAAUCAUUCCACAGUUAGCGAUUGAUGUGUUAAUUUGGACCAUCGGUGACGUAAGCGAAAACCCCUUAAACCCUUUCCGUUCCGAUUCGUUAUCUGCAAAACCCUAACCCCUCACCCCAAUGGAGGAACCGAACGAAGCGCAAGACAACAGAGAACUCUACGCGCUCCUGAACCUGUCUCCAGAAGCUUCCGAUGAAGAAAUUCGCAGAGCGUAUCGUCAAUGGGCACAAGCCUAUCACCCCGAUAAAUACCAAGCUCCUCACAUGAAGGAUAUUGCUACGGAGAACUUUCAGCGAAUAUGUGAAGCUUAUGAGAUUCUUUCGGAUCCAAAUAAGAGGCAAAUAUAUGAUAUCUACGGCAUGGAAGGGUUGACCUCUGGUUUGGAACUUGGUCCGAAGCUGGAUGGAGCUGAAGAGAUCAAGAGGGAGCUCGAGAGACUGAAGAGGAUGAAGGAACAGGAAAAAGUAGCGGCGCAUUUUCGAUCCUCUGGUACAAUUCUGGCCAAGAUGUCUUUGCCACACUGUUUAGACGGUGAUGGCCUCAUGAGAGGAAUGGCUAUGACUAGUGAAAUCCAGUCUCAGUUAUCAAAGCGUAAUGCUGUAACGAUUGGUGGCAAUUUAGCGGUGAACGGAAGUGAAGGUGGUGGAGCUGCUACGGCUGUGUUUAGGCAUGAACUUUCAGAAGUUUCGACAGUAGAGUUUGUGGCUUCAGCUGGUUUGCGUGCACUAAUUGGGGUGCAAACAACUCGCAAUCUAUCGUCACACUCGGCUGCAACAAUGGGAAUAGCAAUGUCUUUGAGAGAUGGUUCAUUGAAUCUUUCAAAUUUAUGGACCCGCCAAUUGUCAGAAACUGCAAGUGGACAUAUAGAGCUUACUUUGGGUCCACAAUCUUCUAUAGCUGUUGGGUGGCAAAAGAAAGAUGAGAUAAGGUCUGCCUCUGGAGAAUUAAAGUUUGGCACAGGUUCUUUUGAGACAGCAGUUCAUUAUACCCAUCGUUUUUCUACUAAAUCUCUUGGCUGCAUUGUGGGAAGAGUUGGGAGUUCUUCCCUUGAGAUUGAAGUUGGUGGUGGGAGGAAGUUAUCCAAAUUCAGCUCAGUGCGCUGGUUGUAUAUAAUAGGAAUUCAGGGUAUUUCCUGGAAAUUUGAACUCUAUCGUGGGGGUCAGAAGUUAAUUAUUCCUAUUUUGCUGACAAGGCAUCUGAACCCGGUGUUUGCUACUGGAGCAUUUGUUGUUCCUGCAUCUCUUUACUUCACUCUAAAGAAACUUUUUUUUAAACCUUAUUUUCUUAGAAGGAAUAAGCAGAAGGCUCGGGAGGAGGAGGAGAAAACUUCUGCUCAGGUUAAGGAAGCAAGGGCUGCUGCAGAGAAAGCUCAGAAAUUACAACAAAAUGUGGCUACUAGGAAAAGAAACAAACAAUUAGAGUCACGUGGACUGGUUAUUAUGAGAGCACUAUAUGGAAAUAAGAUAAUUUUGAACAAUUUGAAGUCAUCAAGUGAAACAAGUUCCGAAUCAACUUCAGAAGUCAUUGAUGUUACCAUACCUCUGAAUUUUCUAGUUAAUGAUUCUGGCCAACUUAAGCUUCAUGAAGGUGUAAAAAAAUCAGGCAUUAUGGGUUUCUGUGAUCCAUGUCCAGGAAGACCUAAAGAGUUGUAUGUAGAGUACGUUUAUGCUGGCAAUCAAUACAAGGUUUGGGUCGGUGAUUAUGAAGAAUUACAGAUCCCUCAGGGCAGCCACAGGAUGUAAAGGAUUAUUAUUAACACAUCAAUAUACCAUUGUAACCUCUUGCAGUUUUGCCUGGUUUACAUGGUUGAGGUACAACAUUUGAUCCUGUCAGAUGGAGUUGGAAGAGGUACCUUUUACAAUUUUUGGGGCCAGUGGUAACGUCCCUUAUUUUUUUUAAAUCUUUUAUUUUUCUCACAAUUUCUUACACCCCCAAAAUGUAUGAAAUAAGGACAUUUUAGGAGAUGAUUAUAAUAUUUUUUCAAGUUGCGUCGCUCUACGCUAUCAACUCUGCUGCUGGAUCCCAAUUUUGGUUUAGUCAUACUCCUUUUAUUGUCGAUUCGUUGCCCAUCAUAAAUCCUUCCCCGGGGCAACAGCUGUAGGAAUUCUGGUAUGAUGUGCGUACUUUCAAUUUUUCAUUUGGGUUUGCACUUAGAAGAUAAUGUACCAUUUAUGACAAUAACAUCCAGUAAUAAAGUUGAGCACCGAAUCAUUUUUCU